GAAGAGUUGGUGUUUGCGCAAUAACAAGAAGAAGAAGAUGGCGAGUGCGUCAAGAGCGAGAGUGGAGUCGUUCGUAUGGACCGACGACGAAGUUGAACUUCUUCUCAGAGUCACACUCGAUUACAAGUCGACUAAACUCAAAGACAAUGUUGACUGGGAGUCGUGUCACUCAAAGUACUCGGACAUAAUGGACGCGUUUCAGGCGCAGUAUCCGAGGGAGUCAACCGAGAAGGAUUUCCCUCACGGUGCUAACAUGUUGUCAAAAGCCCAAGUCACCACCAAGUUGAAAAGCAUUCGCUGCAAAUACAGGCAGACGGUCGGCAAAGGGCGUCGAAGUGGCCAAGGACGGGUCGUGCUCAUAUUUUAUGCGCUUUGCGAAGAGAUCUGGGGUGGAUCCCCUGCUACGCGCUGUAUCGACGCCGGCAUCGAGACGACUGACCUGGAAGAGUCGUCUACAUCGACAGUAGAGCUGGCCGCCGACUCUCCAUACUCCACAGAAUCCCUCGACUGUCUCCCUUCUGCGGUUGGAAAGCAGCGCCGCGAUUCGCUCCGGGUAAAGUUGAACAGCCACAGAGGUGACAGGCCGAAGAGGAAGAUUCUGACGGAUCCCGCAGAGGAGGACCUACACAUAAAGAGGAGGAUGUUGGAGUUGAUGGAGGACUCGGUCAGACGCAACUCCGACAACAUGCAGCAGAUAAAUACAAACAUUGCUAAUUUGACCAGCACCAUUCAGGACGGGUUUUCAUUGAUGAGGGAGUUGUUGUCGCAACGCCACUCCGGAGCGGAGGGGGGCGGUAACGCCCAAAGACAUUGGAUGCCAAUCACCGUAAAACAAGAGGAAUAAUGACGCCUUCACGUGCUUUCGGAAAUUUGACAUCUCCCACUUAUCAUGUCAUGAUUCCCAGCUGGAAUGAAGCUGUCUCGAAAAAAACAAUAAAUCCCAUCUGACACAGCAGAAAUCCUUCUCUUGACCACAUUUCAAUGGUCUGUUCAACGAGUUUGUUACACUGGUAACUUCUCUUAGGUUUACGACUGAUAAAAAUGCCCUUAAAUUUGUGUUUAUGUUGGAAAUGGUUUUGUUAUUCGAUUAGGACCCUCACUCUUUUUAUUUAGUAUUAUUAUUUUAUAUAUAUAUAUUAUACUCUUUUGUUUUGUGUUUUAGAAAUGCCAUAUCAACACGAAUAUGUCUGUUAAGAAUUGUAUUGUGCUAUGGCAUAAAAUGUUUUUAUUGAGCUUUGUACAUUAAUAAAAAAAAAGAAUUUCCAAUCCGACAUGUUGAUUGAUACAGGGUGGUGGCUGGAUCCAGAUCCGACUCCUCCCACUUUGAGUUAAGUUACAACCCGUGGUCGCCAACUUUUGCUCUUAUCAAUGUAAUUAUAAUUUAGUUUACACCUGUAAGUAGUGAUCACAGUUAAAUAUGUUAAUCCAAACCCUUCCCCUAAAUCUAAUAAAUUAUGUUAUUAAAACACGUAAAUAAUAAAUAAAUAAAGAUUGUUUCUGAGCAAA